AUGGCCGACCCCCGCGUUCAAGAGCUCUCCGACGAUGCCGUCCCCAAGACCGUCGAGGAGGUCAGCGACUCCGAGUCCGAGGCUGGUGAGGAGGCAAACAUCCCCGCUGGCGCCUCCGUCGCCAUCCACUCUCGUGGUGAGAAGAAGGCCCGCAAGGCCAUUGCUAAGCUUGGCCUGAAGCACGUUCCCGGCAUCACCCGUGUUACCCUCCGCCGCCCCAAGAACGUCCUCUUCGUCGUCAGCAACCCCGACGUCUACAAGUCCGCCUCCAGCAACACCUGGAUCAUCUUCGGUGAGGCUAAGAUCGAGGACCUGAACGCCCAGGCCCAGGCUUCCGCCGCCCAGCAGCUCGCUGCCGCUGAGGCUGCCGGUGAGCACGCCGGUCACGACCACGACCACGAUCACGACCACAAGGAGCCCAUCACCGACCUUGGUGAGAAGAAGGAGCCCGAGGUUGAGGAGGAGGAUGAUGGAGAGCCCGCUGAUGAGUCUGGUCUCGAGGCCAAGGACAUUGAUCUCGUUAUGGCCCAGGCUAGCGUUUCCCGCAAGAAGGCCGUCAAGGCUCUGCGGGAGAACGAUAACGAUAUCGUGAACUCGAUCAUGGCUCUCAGCAUAUAA